AUGUUGGCAACUUCGCGAUUGGCCGAUGGGGGCCAUCGCAUACUUCAAUUCUUGUUGCUGACGGUAAUUGUGGGAGUGGUUUACAGAUACUGUUGGAUUGGCAAGUUCCUCCGACCCUACCAGAUCCUACUAUCCAGUGUUCACUAUGCGGCCAAAGCUAACACUUCACCCUCAUCAGAUGUUUCCGAUCCCUUCAAAUGCAGCGCACUCCUCAACAAAGGCCAAUGGCUCGAUACUGGGCCCAAAUGGAAGGCCCGGGGCUUUUUCGAAAAUUGGCAGCCGCCCGGAUGUAUCAUGCACGAAUACCAGAAUCAAGACAUACAGGAUUGUUUUCGGGAUCGCAACAUAGUGUUCGUUGGGGAUUCGACGACAAGGCAGGUCUUCUGGGCGGUGGCACAAAAGUUGGACGGGGGGAGGGCCACGAGGGAGAUGGAAGAGCUGAUACAGGAUAAGAAUAAGCACCGAGAUAUCCAGUUCACCCACGGUAGAGUGACGGUGAAAUUUACUUGGGAUCCUUGGUUGAAUUCAACAGGCCUGAUGCAAGAACUGAAGAAUUUCAAGGCCUACACUUCGAGGGACGCCGAUGCAGGAGACGCAAGUGCUAGUGUCAUUCUGCUAGGCGCCCCGGGUCUAUGGUAUGCGCGACAUGGCCAGGAGAAUUUCUUCAAAGACUUUAGAGACGCGGUUGAUGCCGUGAUUCCUUAUAUGGAUCGUCGUUCAGAGGAGACACUUCCCUUACCGAGGAGCCCAUUGCCAUCCCCAGAACAGUCUGCGAACUUGCUAUUUCUCGCUCCGGUCCAAGUGCCACGGUACCAGGAUUUAUCCCCCUCCAGAGAAGAAACGAUUAUACCAGAAAAGAUUGAUCAAAUGAAUGACUAUUUGCAGCAGAGCUCUGCACAUUCCAAGGCCGAUGUCAUCUGGAGCUACUCCUUGAUGACAUGGAAUGCUCCUGCGGCUUAUGAAGAGAGUGGUCUUCAUGUCGUGAACAAUGUCGCCCUUCGAAAAGCAGAUGUUCUUCUAAAUUCUAGGUGCAAUGCUGAUCGUGGACGAAGGAGCUACCCUUUUGACGCAACAUGUUGCAGCAACUAUGUGGAACCUGGCGCAUCGCAAUGGUAUGUUACCAGACCACAUAGCCAAGCAUAUCUGAUUUCUUUUCGACUCAAGCUUAACAGCAAUGCUGAUGUGAGUUUUUGAUGCAGGUUGACAAUUCUGAUGGGCAUGGUAAUAUUGCCCGUGCUACUCCUUCUACGACGUACCCGUACCUCCAGAAUACAUCGCAUGCAACAUGCCACGGACAUAUUAAGCGCGUUAUCAAUAUUCGCUCUCAUCUUGUGCUAUUGUUUUUACGCAGAUCGAACCCAUAUUUUCGAGAAAGCACACAAGCAAUUCCACGAGAGGGAAUUCUUGGCAGCAUGCGGUUUGGUGGUUGUUGCUGGACUUCUUUCAAUUCAGAAAAUUCCUGUUUCCCUGAGAGAGCCAAACCCCAGUAUGGGCUUUCUUUCCAGAGAGCAAACAGAUGAAUGGAAAGGAUGGAUGCAGUUCUACAUCCUUAUAUAUCACUACACACACGGCUCCAAAAUUCUGUGGAUUUAUGAGAUUUCACGUGUUAUGGUUGCCGCAUACCUUUUCUUGACAGGCUUUGGGCAUACACUUUACUUCCUCGGAAAGGAGGAUUACUCGCUAAAGCGUAUUGCGAAUGUUCUUCUCCGCCUGAAUCUUCUGAGUUGCAUGCUACCGUACCUUAUGCGUACCGACUAUCUUCACUACUACUUUGCUCCACUCGUCAGCUUCUGGUUCAUGGUCAUUUACGCCACUCUUCGAAUUGGCCACAAAUCCAACAACAAUUUAUACUUCCUAUUCUUCAAAAUUUGCAUUUCAGCAAUUUUUACGACUGCAUUCACAAUGUCCCCGGGAAUUCAGGAAUUCGUCUCUACCGCACUGAAAACCACGUGUAAUAUUUCAUGGGAUGUUGCAGAAUGGAGAUUCCGUGUCUUUCUUGACAUGUUUAUUGUUUACGUCGGUAUGAUUACGGCGAUAAUUUUCCAACGAAGUCGAAAAUUGAGAAGUGGAAAUCUUCAGCGGGCGUCGAUGAUUGACUCCGUCAUACAAUGGACAAUUAACCAUCCGCUCACACUAUCUUCCGUUACGAUUAUACUCUCUCUCCUCGCCAUCCCGGGGUUCUGGAAAAUAAGCAGCUACCACACCAAGAAACAGGAUUAUAACUGGUGGAACCCAUACCUUUCUUUCAUCCCCAUCCUCUCCUACCUUGUUCUACGAAAUUGCCAUCGGACUUUAAGAGGAUACUAUAUUGGUCUGUUUGCAUGCUUGGGACGAUGUUCAUUGGAGACUUUUGUGCUUCAAUUUCAUAUAUGGCUUGCCGGAGAUACUACGGGGCUGUUGAGAUUGGGCCUUUGGAAUCGUCAUGUUGAGGCUGCGAUCCUGACACCAAUAUUUCUUUGGGUGAGUUGGGGAAUGGCGGGGGUAACGGAGAGACUAGUUAAUUGGGUUGUUGAUGGCUCUUCUGGGGGAGAAGACACCCUGGUGAGAUGGAACCGGUUUGAGACGAGAGGGAGACAGCGGCUGGAAGGAGGAUUACCUGAUGAUAGGUUGCAUUUCAAAGAAGGGGAUGCAAAUGGCGGAAUGAAAGGGUUCAAGUGGAAUUUCCAUGGGAGGAGUCUGAGGAUCAGUGGAUUACAAGUUAGACUUGGGGUGAUCCUCGUUGUGAUGUGGGUAGGCAAUGUUACUUAUAGAUAG